CCGAUUCCUGAGCUGGGUUCCUAGUCCGGGGCAAAUGGCUCCAAAGCAGUCCCUGAAGCUGACUACUGCGACGAAUUCAAGGAAACGAAAGUCUGCGGACGACUUGGAAGAUUUGAAUCCGGCAAAGCAAUCCAAAAUCCAGUCGUUUUUCGCGCCGCGGGUAUCACUCAGCGCAACGUGUGGUACGGACCAAACCACCUCCGUUGCCGAGUUAAGUCAUGAGCAGAACAAGGUGCUGCAGAUGGUUGUAGAAGAGGGAAAGAAUAUUUUCUUCACUGGGUCUGCAGGAACGGGCAAAUCCCUUCUUUUACGUGCCAUUAUAUCUCGGUUGCGCAGGAAGCACAAUGGAAGGCCAGAUUAUGUGGCCGUAACCGCAAGUACUGGAAUGGCUGCUUCCAACAUAGGCGGAAUGACCGUACAUUCCUGGGGUGCAGUGACCCCAGGUAGUAACGAUAUUGACAGCCAGAUCAAGUGCAUUAGGACAUGCAAACCAGCUCUUCAACGAUGGAAAAAUGUCAAGGUCCUCAUCAUUGACGAAGGUAGUAUUCGUCCUCAACGCCCGAAUUUCUCAUGUAUGCCUCUCAGUAUCGAUGUUGGAUGGACACUUGUUCGACACAUUGGCGAAGAUAGCUGACCGUUUACGCAAGAAAACGGACAAGUCGUUUGGGGGUAUUCAGCUUGUGAUCACGGGAGAUUUCUUCCAGCUCCCACCAGUCUCCAAAGGUGAUCCAUUCUUUGCCUUUGAAAGUGCAUCGUGGAAGCAGUGUAUAGAACAUACCGUCAAUCUCACGAAGGUC